AUGGCGACAAGAAUAUGUCCUGAAGAUGUUGUUUCCCUCGUCGCUGACCCCGCAGCCAUCGGAAUCGUGUGUUGUGUCGGUGAGGAUGAGGAGAAUAGGAAUUCUGCGCCCACAGCCCAUGUGUAUUGGAUGCGAGAAUAUGAUAAUGAUAAGAUGGAGCUGAUAACGGACCUGCGGGUGCUUGAUCGAACGCUACUACAUGGAGAUACGGUGAUACAUGACAGGAAGAAGGGUGUUGUGACUUCAACGAGGAUACAUGUUGACAUCAGAUUCUCGGACGGGAUGCUGAUCAACGACGUGGACACAAGGGACAUGCGACAUCUGCAACCCAUGAGGCAGGGCAACUGGGUUGUAUCCGAGGGCUGGCUCGGCCGAGUGUUGAACUGCAAGGAGGACAUUGUUGUGAGGUUCGACGACGGCGCCAGCUGCCUGGUUUCCUCCAACUCGAGCAGCGAUCUUGUGCCCGUACAAAAGAUGUACGAGAGGAGCCCUUUCUUUCCUUCCAUGAUGGUGAAAGCGAACAAUCCCGACACGUUCAAGAACAGCCAGUGGAUCUUUGGGAGCUACGAGAGGCAGACAAAGGGGGUGAUAGUGUCGAUCAAACCGUCGGAGGUGCUGGUGGUGUGGAUCACGGCCCUCCAGGGCGCCUCCUCCCUUCCUCCAAGGGUGAACUGUGCACCAGACCAGCUUCAAGUCCUCAAUCACUUUGGGAACACGUGGUGGAGGCUCGGAGAUCGAGGGUCCUACCCCCGUGACGAGGGGGUCCCCUUCGACGACAUAUCCAACUGCUGCGAAGUGAUCGCGACGAGGACUGAGGUUGACAUCAAGUACAUGGAUGGUACCAGCGCGUCUUCAGUGUCUGCGGUCGACACACAUAUGUUCAACCCGGGGCCUCACGAGUUCUAUCCCGGAGACCUCCUGUGCGAGAAGGACAACUCGGCUCCUGUCAGUCGGUCCAACUUGUAUGUCGUGAUCUCCGCUGAUGAAAGGUCGAGGAUGGCCCUCGUUCGCAAGGUCUUGGAUGAGGGGCAAGUAGCCGAGCCAACAGAUGCGAACAAGAACGACUAUGAAGUGAUGAGCGCAUUCGACCUUCAGGCUCAUCAAGAUUUCAGCUUCCGUAUGGGAGAUGUAGUGGUAAGGCUGGAGACAGGAGCAUGCACAGACGGGGGCAAACCUUCGGGCAACGAGGAGGAAAGCACAAGCAAGGGAAUGAAGGAGGAGGAUGAAAACUCUGCUUCAGAAAAGCCGGCAGGAAACGUGGCGGCCCAUGAGAAUGGAAGUUUGGAGGGGGGAGACGUACAAGGAAUCCCAACAGCAACUCGUUUAGAUACUGAGGAAAGGACUUGUGCGUGGGAAUCAGCAGCGGGAGGGUCGUGUGAUCACCAGGCUGGAGACGCGGAGCAGAACAGCGGGGAGAAAGAGGAAAGAGCAUGGAAUGGUUCUGUUGGCGAAGUGGUGGACAUCGAGCCGAACGGGAAGAUUCUGGUCGCUUGGCUGGGAGGAGAAAUCUCAGUCGUGCACCCCGAGAAGAUCUACAGAGUUGCGAUCGAAGAAGAGAUGGAGGAGGCGAUGUUCUUCCUUCAGGAUCAGAACGCGAACAAGCCGUCAAACAAUGAAGAGCAAUCGACGAAUGUUGUGGUCAGCACAGGCCGAGUUGAACAAGAGCCAGAAAAGUCAGUCGCUCGCGUCGUCUUUCCGACAGUCACAACUUUCGGAACAGCGAUCAUGUCAUUACCUGUAGUUGGAAGUCUCCUCAAGUCAACGCUCUCUACAGCAAGGAUGAUCUUCUCGCAGCUUUUUCGCUUUUUCUUCGUUCCUUUCGGAAACUUUCUACCCCAGAUAACCACAGGUUUCUUCGCUUCCAACUCUCUCCUCACGGACAUCAGACCCAAGGGCGAAGGGGCCAGGGAUGUAACAGCUGUCGUGAACAUAACCAAUGGCGCCUACGACCCGAUUGUAAAUAAUGGCGACGCUGAAGCAGCUGCGGCAGUGGGCAAGUUUGAGGGGAUAAACCACAACUCCGAAUUCAUGAGCGCGACGAGUGAGUUGUCAAAGUUCGAUGAUGUUGGGGCAAGAAAAGAACAAGGUUGCACCGAGGUGACGAAAAUCGAGGAGGAGGUGAACGGGCUGGGGACUGAGGCAGCGGUGCAGUUGCUGCUGGACGCAAGCAUGUCAUUGCAGGAGGAGAAGAAACAAGAAGCUGGAGAGGCGGAAGCAAAAUGUUGCGAAGAGAUUCAAUUCGAGAAAGUCCACAUUGUUGAGAGUGAGAAG